AUGGCCCGUGGACUCUACAAGUUCGCACCUCCACCUGCACCUCAGCCGGGUUUCCAUGAUUUGUUUGUGAGCUUUGAUGACACCCCUAUGGAGGCCGCCUCCCUGGCCCAGGUCCAUAAGGCAGUGCUGCGUGACGGGCGGACGGUGGCUGUGAAGGUCGAGCAACCGAAGGUGCAGGUGCAGAGCUCAAAGGACAUUCUCCUGAUGGGGGUGCUCGUCCUGGCUGCCAAGCAGCUGUUCCCAGAGUUUGAAUUCAUGUGGCUGGUGGAUGAAGCCAAGAAGAACCUGCCUUUGGAGCUGGAUUUCCUCAGCGAAGGGAGGAACGUGGAGAAAGUGGCCCAAAUGCUCAAGCACUUUGACUCCUUAAAGGUCCCCCAAAUCCACUGGGAGCUGUCCACCAAGCGGGUCCUUCUGAUGGAGUUUUUGGAUGGCGGGCAGGUCAACGACAGAGAUUACAUGGAGAGGAACAAGAUUGAUGUCAACGAGAUCUCGCGCCACUUGGGCAAGGGCGACAGUGAAAUGAUCUUUGUCGACGGCUUCCUGCACUGAGACCCCCACCCGGGCAGCAUGCUGGUGCGCAAGGGCCCUGACUCGGGAAAGGUGGAGAUUGUCCUGUUGGAUCAGGGGCUCUACCAGGUGCUGACGGAAGCGUUCAACCCGGACUACUGCCACCUCCGGCAGUCGCUGAUCUGGACGGAUAUGGAGAAGGUGAAGAAGUAUUGCCAGCGUGUGGGAGCUGGCGACUUCUACCCCUUGCUUGCCUGCAUGCUGACGGCCCGCUCGUGGAACUCGGUCAACUGCGGCAUCAGCCAAGCUCCAGUCACCGCCACUGAGAACACUGAGAUCUGCAACAAUGCGGUCACCUACCUCCCCCAGAUCAGCCAGUUCCUGCCACGCCAGAUGCUGCUCAUCUUCAAGACCAAUGGCCUACUGCGAGGCAUCAAGGCCACCGUGGGCACCUGCGCCAGCGCCAGCUCCUUCCUCAACAUGUCACGUUGCUGCGUCAGAGCGCUGGCCACGCACAAGAAGAACACCUGUUCAUUCUUCAGAAGGACCCAGAUCUCCUUCAGUGAGACCUUCAGCCUGUGGCAGAUCAGCCUUCAUGAACUCGUUCUGCCUGCGAAGGGGCUGAGGCUGGCCAGCUGGGUCUUGGCCCUGCUUUGCUGGCUGUUGCCUGCUCCGCACCGAGUCGAGUGGCCUUUCUAUCCCCUUCCCUUUUUCGGUGUGACUCUAUGGAAUGCAUCUUUGCCGUGA